AGUAAGAUCCGGAGAGUGAGCAUGUGCGCGCGUCAAUGUGUGUGAGAGGAAUCCCUCCCCCAGCCCCCAACCAGCCGGUGCCUGCAACAUGAGGUCAGCGAGCUAGCGGGGAAGAGAGGAGAGAGCGAGGAGGAGAGGAAGAGGGAGCCACGGAGCAGAGGAGCAGGAGAGAGAAUGUACCGAGAGAAGAUCUGAGGAGGAGGAAUAUGCAGAGCAGAGGAAGUGAAACCCAUCGAUGGCAGCCAUGCUGAGUCCAAAGAUCAGACAGACCAGGAGAGCCAGGUCCAAGAGCAUGGUGAUGGGAGAGCCAUCACGUGGCUCAUGUCGACCCACCUCUCCAAGUCUCCAAGAGGGGGUGCUAAAGGCUGGCUGGCUGAAGAAGCAGAGGAGCAUCAUGAAGAAUUGGCAGCUGCGCUGGUUUGUGCUGCGUGCUGACCAUCUCUACUUCUAUAAGGAUGAGGAGGAGACCAAACCACAGGGCUGCAUCUCACUGAAGGGCAGCCAAGUGAACGAGCUGACAGCCAACCCAGAAGAACCCGGUCGACACCUUUUUGAGAUUGUGCCAGCUGGUGAGAAAGACAAGGCUGCGAUGAGCCAUGAGUCUUUUCUGCUCAUGGCCAACUCCCAGAGUGACAUGGACGACUGGGUGAAGGCCAUCAGACGGGUCAUAUGGGCUCCAUUUGGAGGAGGCAUAUUUGGGCAGCGUUUGGAGGACACCGUCCAGUACGAAAGGAAGUUUGGUCCUCGUCUCGCCCCUCUCUUGGUUGAGCAGUGUGUGGAUUUCAUUAGGGAACAGGGGCUUGAUGAAGAAGGCCUGUUCCGGAUGCCAGGCCAAGCUAACCUCGUUAAGGAGCUUCAAGAGGCCUUUGACUGUGGAGAUAAACCUCAGUUUGACAGUAACACUGAUGUCCACACUGUGGCUUCCCUGCUGAAGCUGUAUCUCAGGGAGCUGCCCGAGCCAGUCGUUCCCUUCUGCAAGUAUGAGGAUUUCCUCACUUGUGCUCAGCUCCUGGCCAAAGAUGAGGAGGAGGGAAUACAAGAAUUAGGGAAACUAGUGACGACGCUUCCAGCUGCCAAUUACAACCUUCUGAAAUAUAUAUGCAAAUUUCUGGAUGAGGUGCAGUCUCACUCAAUUGAAAACAAAAUGGGUGUGCAGAACUUGGCCACCGUGUUUGGACCAAAUAUCCUUCGUCCUAAAAUGGAGGAUCCAGUAGCUAUAAUGGAAGGCACCUCCCUUGUUCAGCAUCUCAUGACGGUACUGAUUAGCAAGCAUGAUCGCCUGUACACUGAAAAAGACUCUGAAACAUCACAGAACCAGAUGGAGAUAAAGGACCAAAGCCAGCAACAUCAUCAGUCCAACCUGGUUGACUGGAUCUCUGAGGAGGAUCUCCAUACCUGCCCACCCACAGCCAAGAAUGACCCAACCAGUAGCAGUGCCUCAUCUGCGGAUGCCGUUUCCACCUCCAAAUCGGUGCCUCAGGGAAAGGGAGAGACGGCCGUCAGUCCUAGUAAGCAGGUUAAAACACUUCCAGGGUGGAAGUACACCUUCAAAGGCUCCUCACCCCGGCCACAGUCCGCCAAAGUCGCCGGCUCCGCGGUGGACGUGACCACGGCCUCCAGCGGGAACUGGCUCAUGAACGGGCUGUCCUCGCUGCGGGGACACCGCCGCACCUCCUCCGGAGAACGCUCCAGAGAUUCAGGCUCCUCUCAGAGACUGUCCACCUAUGACAAUGUCACAUCUUCUUCAAGUCUGGGCAGCGUGCUGAGUAUAGACAGCACGCCUUGGUCCACUUCAUCAUGUGACAUAUCGGUCCCAGACUCCGGAGGUGACCCGUUAGGGCCCGAAGACGGGCCGCAGCCGGAGGAGGAACGGGCCGAGGAGGAAGCGAAGCCCAGCGAACACGAGGACGUCGGCAGCACUGCGGAGAACCGCUCGAGCGCUGUGUUUUGCAGUGACAAUGGGAACGUGGCACCGGUCAUUACAGUUGUGGAUGAAGACGCAGACGAAGGCUCCUCGUCUCUGACCAGCGUCGUGGCAGAGCUGAAAGAAGAGCUGAGGAAGCAGAAACAGACUUAUGAAUCGAGAAUUAAAAAGCUGGAAGAGUCCAGUGCAGCCCUGUGCGCGCAGAUGGAGAGACUUGAGCAGGAGAUGGAACAGGAGAGAAAAAGAAAACGAAUGCUUGAGAUCAAACUUAGAAACUCUGAACGUGCCCGUGAGGACGCAGAAAACCGCAAUCGCCUCCUUGAGAAAGAAAUGGAAGACUUCUUCUCCACGCUGGGGGAUCUGGCUCUCGGGAGUCGUACCAGUGACAUUUAAUGCAAAAAAUAAACAGCCAAAGUCACAAGGACCACACAAGAUGAUGUUGUCUCAGAGCACUCAGGCAUCUCCAUUAAUUAUCUGGACAAUUUAAUGUUUGCAAAAUUUCUUGUGUUCAUCAAAUCAGUCCUUUCCACGAUCACUCUGAUUCUACCAGUUAAUGUUUCAAGGAGGCUCUCGCCAUUCCAGCAGUGUCGUUUUAAAGCGACUUCUUUUUGCAGGUUUCAGCUGAAAAGGAAACGUAUGGAACAUCUGAAUCCGGUCCUGAAAUCAGUUCAAGCAUCCUUUGCAUGUCCCAGUCUGAAUGCUAAUAAGGACAGUUCGAGCAGAUCUGUUGGCUUUGGCACAUUAAGCAAACCACUGCCCCAAAAAAACAUGUCACUUAUAAUGACAGUGGGACAGUGCCUUUGCCUUUUGCAAAAUGUAACGCAAGCGUACUUGACUAAAAUAGCUCCAGAUCUUGGCAUUGAAUACUUUUUCUUGCAUAUUCGGUGGUAUUUUGAGACUGUCAAAGUGCCGCUUUCAUUUAAAAGAAUCUAGAAAUGUGACUUUUUGUCAAUUGAGCAAAUUUUUUAAUUUAUUUUACACUGUUUAAGUGCAUAGAAAGUCUAGAAAUGCUCUGUGGAUGUUUCUUAAAAUGAGUGGUCAAAUACUGUCAUAGAUUUUGUAGACUCAGCUCAUUCUCUGAACUGUUUUCUGACUGCAUAGUAGGUCAUAUAUUAUAUAUUAGCAUGAUGGCCGUAGCCUAAUGGUUAACUUUCCAGGCUGCUAAUAUGAAUGUUUCAGGUUCAAUCUCAAGAAGAAGAGACCCAGAAACUGGACAUCACCACUGUGCCCUCAAGCAAAGUGCUUUUUUGCUGCUCAACAUGUUACAGUUAUCAAUCCAUUUGGAUAUUACUAGAACGACAGCUUUUACAAAAGUCUUUAAUGCAUAUUUAGAGUAUGUGAAGAUGUUAUACAUCAUUAUGAUUAGACUAUUAUCCUGCGGUCAUACAUGACGAUUAGUCUUCUGUGCUGUGCUGAAAUGUUACCAUGUGUCACUGUGGUGGUAUGUAAUUAUUCACAAAGAACUAAAUUAAAUGGUAAACUGAAAGAACGUACCUGA